CUAUCAGAUAUCCGGCGACCACCUCGCGAAGCGUAGCGUAGCGAGUGAUCGAGUCUCUCGUCGACGUUUGACGCGAAAAGGCGUUCGUCGUUCGCCCCGGGCGAAAACCUACAGUCGAUAACGGCACGCAUACGUAUUAGGACGCGCCGGUGUUGCGUUUUGCGUCGCGGCGGUGCAAAUGCGCGCGCCAGGCGAGUACGAGCCAGUCCGCGAACAUCGGAGUCAGUCAGUGGCAGGAAAAAAUGGCGGAUGUCGACUUGAAUAUCGACAACCUGAUACAGAGAUUGUUGGAAGGAACCCCCUUGUGCGGUAAAGUAUACCACACGCAGAAAGACCAGGUUCAGAAGAAAGCCAAGCUAAAAGAUAUUUUCUCGUCGGACUUUGUCGUCAGAGGAUGUCGACCGGGCAAGACCGUUGUCAUGACGGAGGCCGAGGUGCGUGGCCUCUGUCUGAAGUCGCGGGAGAUUUUCCUGCAACAGCCGAUCCUGUUGGAGUUAGAGGCGCCGCUUAAAAUUUGUGGCGACAUACACGGCCAAUACACUGACCUGCUGCGACUCUUCGAGUAUGGCGGCUUUCCGCCCGAGGCAAAUUACCUAUUCCUAGGCGAUUAUGUUGACCGGGGGAAGCAGUCCUUAGAGACGAUAUGCCUGUUAUUGGCAUACAAAAUCAAGUAUCCGGAGAACUUCUUUCUAUUGCGCGGCAAUCACGAGUGCGCGAGCAUAAACAGGAUAUAUGGCUUUUACGACGAGUGUAAGCGACGAUAUAACAUCAAACUUUGGAAGACCUUUACAGACUGCUUUAACUGCUUGCCGAUCGCCGCGAUCAUUGACGAGAAAAUUUUCUGUUGUCAUGGCGGGCUCAGUCCUGAUCUGCAGGGAAUGGAGCAGAUCAGAAGAAUCAUGCGUCCAACUGAUGUACCUGAUACCGGUCUCCUCUGUGAUCUCUUAUGGUCCGAUCCUGAUAAAGAUGUUCAGGGUUGGGGCGAAAAUGAUAGAGGCGUCUCGUUUACAUUCGGUCCAGAUGUUGUGUCGAAGUUCCUGAAUCGUCACGAUAUGGAUCUCAUAUGCAGGGCGCAUCAAGUGGUAGAAGAUGGCUAUGAAUUCUUUGCCAAGCGACAACUUGUCACACUUUUCUCAGCCCCAAACUACUGCGGCGAAUUCGAUAAUGCCGGCGGAAUGAUGAGCGUUGAUGAAACGUUGAUGUGCAGUUUUCAGAUCUUGAAACCAUCAGAGAAAAAGGCAAAAUACCAAUAUGGAGGAAUGAACACGGGUCAAGCAGGUAGACCAUCUACACCACAAAGGAAUCCAGCGAAAAAGAAAUGACAGCCUUCAACCGAACCUGCACAGCAACAAACGCGAUUAUCUUUAAUGGAGGCUAUCAUGCUAGGUAAAUCUGCUUUAUGCUUGUCAAAGCUUACUUAAUCAUACUAGCUGACCACUUAUGUGCAUUAUUACGAGUCUAUUUCCCACGAUUAUCAGUUAAACAGAAAAAGCGAAAAAAAAAACAGAAAAAAAAGAAAGAAACGAAAGGAGAACGGAAGGAAGCGAAUUGUAGGACAUUACUCGAUGUAUGUUUAAGUUCGCGCAAUGAUUCACCGAUGAGUUAAAUGUAAUAUUUAGCACGCGACGUUUCCAACACAUGUACACGCACUCCGGGGGCGGACGUGAUUUAAAUGAACGUGGUUUACGGGGCAAAGAUUAAUGGAUUCAUUCACUCUGACACAUCGGCUUGUGAAAAUUCUUAAUGCUUUUUAGCCGACGCGCUUGUCGAUCAGACAUCGAGUGCUUUGGAUGCUAUGUAUCUGAUCUAGCCUUUGAUUUUCAUGUGUUUCAGCACGAAGACGUCGAGAUACAGAAAUAAUCUAAUCAGAUAAACCUAAAAAAAAAAUGUAAGAUUUACCUCUCCCUCAAUUGCAUUUUAACGAUAUAAGAAAUAUAAACGAUCCGUGGUGAAUCAAGUUUUGAUUAUCAUCGUAUCUGAUGAAGGAUCGCUUUCAGAAUUUUUGCGGCAAUUAUGGUAUCUUCCAUAAAAGAAGUGAUCCCUCGUUAAAGCUAGUACUCUUUAAAAAGCAUUUUAUCAUUCUCAUUUGUAUUUAUUGCUUCUACUGUUGAUGUUGAGUGUAAUUAUGAGACUCGCUGUUAUUAUUAAUAUUAUUUUUAUUUUUAAUAGUAUUUUUAUCAUUGCUUUAGCAGAUAAUUUAAAUGUCAUCGUUUCAUGAGAACUGUUGCGCGUGUAUAUAGAUAGAUACAUAUAAAUAUAUAUACACACAUAUAUAUAUUUUUUUUGACCAUUUAUUUUUUCUCUUAAAUGAAUUUAAUUGUGUUGUCAUGUGCAGUAUUCCGGGCGUGGUAGUGACUGCACGUUCCAGAGAUAUGUCGUAGACGAAUUAGGUUGUUUAUUCUCGGGCGAUGAAUCCGGAGAGAAACACAGAGAACAAGUAUUUUUAGAAUAAAUGCUAAUGAUUACGCCUUUAUUCGAAGGAUACCAGAAGGAGGGGGGAUCGUAAAGAAAAGAAAAAUGAGGACAUGUCAUAUGAAGAGAAACACGAUUUAGAUACAGAAUCUCAGCUUUUUACUCUCACGGAUGUUAUUAUUAUUUCAUUUAUGGAAGAUUUAUUUCGCUUAUAUUGUAAAGAUUUAUUUCAAGUUGCGCGAACCUCUUGGUGAUGGUUUUACAGGUCAACCUGCGUGAUUUUGAUGAAUUAAAAUUUUGCAUUUGUUACACAUGUUUACUCUUUUUAUGUGUUCUAGACGUAAGAUAUAAAACUCACUAAUUUUUUGAACAGGAAAACGUGCGAUAGCAAAUCGCAUUAAGUCGCGUUUGGUGCAUUUAUUUAAAGUAGCAUAUGUUUAUCUAGCUUUUUGUGUUCUUUUUUUUUUUCAUUGAUUAUUUAAGUGUUUUAAUGUUGGAUUCAUCCUUGCGCUGUGCUUUUGUUCUAUAAGCGUCAUUGUAUUAUUGCCUGCGAUCGUUUAUCUAGCAGAAGUUACAUCUGCCGGAAAAAUAUAUUACAGGAAAAUUGUGGAAAUAUUGUAUUACGAAUUAUAUACAGGCAGGAAUCUUAAAAAUGUUAUGUACGAAGAAGAAAAUUUGCAAUCCUCUAUGGAAGCAGCUACCGAUUAAAAAUAGUAGUGACGAGGUUGUAUUCACAGCGAGGAUAUCUUUCCCUAAUAAUGCACAAUGGUGUUUUUAAGAGAUUUAUUGUUUAAUAUUUGCUAUUGGCAAAAUGUUCAUGAAUAUAACCAAAGUGAUGUGUACGUCAAAAUUUAUGAGGUAUCGAUAAAGCGCAUUUGUCGACAAUUAAAUACAGACUGAUUAAUGAGAUUGUGUCGUGCGAACUAUUAUGAUUAAGGAGACGAUCCGGAAACUACGAAGACCGUGCAUCAAAACUGAAAACUCCCCCUGAAGCAGAGAUCAAUCAAACGCAAUGAGCCUUUUCGUGGUGACACCACGAUUGGUUCUCACAUUAUUAUAAUAUAUUUUAUUCAAUAGUUAUUCAUUAUUUGAUUGUUAUUUAGCGUUAUCGAAUAGCGUUCGAUGAAGUUGUUUAUUGUAUGAGAAAAAUGCAGUGCGAAUUUGUUACGUAUUGGAUCCAGAGUUGACGAAACGGAAGGUGUCCUUUCCAUCUCUUUCCUCCCUGCGUUUCUCCCCCAUCCCCUCAAAAGAAACGCAAAAUUAAUUAUUGUCAAAGGAGCGGUUGUGAUCCCUCGAUAUAUGCGUUCUUUUAUGUCCGAGAUUCAUAUAUUAUAUACAGAUAUUAUAUUUGUAAAGGGUUGGCCGCUCGCGAUUCGACGGUACUUUAUUAAAUAAAUAAUUAAAUGAAAGACGCUCUCUCGUAAGAGGAAUUUGCGACUAUCGUAGGUUGUUACAUCGUUCGAAUCGCCGAUGACGGAAGACGCUAUGCAAUGGCAUCCUAGAGAUGUAAAACUUUCAGAUAAUAAACAUGCAUAUUGUUGUACAAA